GGAUCAGCUGACGUGAGGAACAGAAAGACGUUUACGCCACUUUGUUGUUGUUGUUGUUGUUUUUAACUUUACAGGGAGGUGAAAUAAACAAACCCUCACUGCGAGGUUAACGUCUGUCAACUGCAACAUCACAGAGCAAAUUUGAAACUUGCCGAAGAAAGGAUCUUCAGUUCCAGAAGCGAUGUCCUCCCAGGUCAGACUGAGGCUGCUGCCGGGCGCCAGGUGCUUGUUCGACGAGCCUGUUCAGGUGAAGGUCGCCGGGCUGAGGUCGAGACAGCUGGUCUCCAUGAGAGCCAGAUCGACCGACGAGAAGGGAGUGGUGUUCAGCUCUAAGGCCACGUACAGGGCCGAUGGCAGCGGUGAGAUCGACCUGGGGAGAGACCCCUCUCUCAGCGGCAGCUACGUUGGGGUGGAACCCAUGGGUCUGCUGUGGUCGAUGAGCGCAGACACCUUGCACAAAAGGUUUAUGAAGACAAAUUCACUAAACCCCCACGUGGUGAAGUUCUCUGUGCAUGAGAUAAAGGAGGAGGAGGAGGAGGAGGGCAAAGUGCUGGCAGAGGCGACCAAUGAGAGGUUUCUGAUUGGAGAUGGGGUCACCAGGGUCCCCGUCAAAGAGGGGAACAUUCGUGGGGUUCUGUUUACUCCGCCAGGACGAGGUCCGUUCCCCGCUGUGUUGGACCUGUACACUUUUGGUGGAGGGUUGUCGGAGAAAAGGGCCUCUCUGCUGGCCAGUCGAGGUUUUGUGGUUCUGACUAUCGCGCUGUACGGCCACGAUGACAUGCCGAGGAACAUCACAGAGCUCCACCUGGAUUACUUUGAGGAAGCGAUAGAGUUUUUAAAAAGACAAGAUAAGGUGGGCAGUAAAGGAGUUGGUGUAAUAUCCAUUUCCAAAAGCGGAGAUCUUGCUCUCUCAGUGGCCUCCUUCCUGCCAGGUGUUGAGGCCACAGUGUGGAUCAAUGGCUGCUGUGCCAAUGUAGUGUUACCUCUCUACUAUAAGAAGAGUCAAAUCCUCUCUCCGUUAAUGUUUGACUCCAGCAAGAUGGUUCAGACUGCGUCAGGGGCCUGGGUGGGCAAGUAUGCGGUCCAUAAUCCCCUGGCAGAGGAGAACAAGGCCACUCUGGUCCCCAUUGAACAGGCCAAGGGACAGUUCCUCUUUGUGGCCUCAGAGGACGACCUCAACUGGGACAGCAAGGCUUACGUAGACAUGAUGGUGGAGAGACUGAAGCGACAUGGGAAGGAGAACUUUGAGAGUGCGUGUUACCCUGAAGCUGGACAUUAUCUGGAGCCGCCUUACGGACCCUACUGCCCCUCCAGUUUUCAUGGGGUUGUGGGUAAACCAGUCCUGUGGGGGGGUGAGCCAAGGUCCCACGCUGCAGCUGAAGUCCACCUGUGGAAGAAGAUCCAGGAGUUUUUCAGAACUCAUCUGAGCAGUGAUACUACAGAGACAAAAGCCAAAUUAUAGAUACAGAUAUCAGGAUAUGGAGGACAGGGGAUGUUUGGUGAACCUAAUGCAAUGGAUGAAGAUGUCAGAGCCGUGUGUCAAUGUUAAGGGUCACAAUCAAUGGUGAAUUUGACACACACUGAAUUAUACACUGGGUACUGACAAAAGCUCAGAAAAAUCAAAAAAAUAAUAAUAAAUAACGUUUUGUAAUGUGAACUUUGCACUAUCCUGCUGUAUACAUCAGUUGUUAUUAAUGAAGCUUUGUGUAACUGUGGCACUUUGGCCAGCAGAGGGCGCUCAUCCAUCUGUGUUUGCUUUGAAACUCUCAGUGGGUUUUACACAAGCUGAGACCAAAAUUACAAUCAAACAUCAGUGAUGGAAAGUAACUUUAAAGGUUACUUAAAAGGUACUUUAACUCAUUAUAUACAAUUCUGUGACAGACAGUUAUUUAAGCGUUUACAUUAAAAUGUUAUAAAAUAUGAUGUAAUAUGAAUGAUUAAAGCUCCUAAUAUAAAUAGAAUAUAUCACUGUAAUUCUAAUAAAUGAUAAGGGGGUGAGGGUGUUUUAGCCUAAUAAAUCAAUGAUAUAAUCUGGCCUCAGUACAUAUCCUCAUCCUGAUUCUCUCUCACAAUCAGGCAGUGUUUCAACAGGUGGCGAACAGUGUACUGUUUAUUCCUCUGCUCAGAGCUCCAGUGAAUUCUUCCCUGUUAAUCUUAAAGGAAAGACUUCAUAAUGGUACAAUGACACAGAGUUCAAGCAGAAAUGAAAAGUAUCCAACCUCCUGCAUACUUUGUACCUCUCCCACACCCACACACACUGUAGACGCUCUGUUCCAGCACUUCAAAUAAGAUAUAUAGCGGCCUCAACCUGGUAAUUUUUGGAAACUGAUGACAUAUUUUUGUGAAUAAAAAUCUGA